AUGACAUUACUUGAUGCCGAAGUAAAGAAACUUAUCGGGAAGACGCCGACAUAUAUGCGACCGCCAUUUUUUAGCACCUCAGAUGAAGUCCUAAGAAUUUUGGGAGAAAUGCAGUACCACGUUAUUAACGCCGAUAUCGAUACCAAGGACUUUGAGAACACGAAGCCCGAGACUAAUGACAAGUCGUUUCAGAACUUCAAGAACUUAUUUGGCAAGGGAUCUAUUUCCCUAAUGCACGAUGUACACAACACGACAGUCAACCAGUUAAUACCUAAUGUUAUCCCUUUCUUGCAGAAAAGCGGAAAAACAUCAAUGACAGUCGGGGAGUGUCUAGGCGAUCCGAAAGAAAACUGGUAUCGAGAGAAUAAAAUCGGCGGUACAGUCGUCCAAGGGCCGGUCAAAAAGCAACCGGCCGGCAAGAGCUGCGGUUGUAACGCCCGUAAGUCUUAG